AUCAUCAUCAUCAUCAUCAUCAUCAUCACAGGCAUGACACACUGCGAGAGAGGAGGAGAGGACUGAGAGGACUGAGAGAACUGAGAGAACUGAGAGAACUGAGAGAGGAGGGCUACUGUCCUUCUGAACACUUCCUCCGUGUAGGAGGGAUUUAACACGGGACUAUAGAGACUGUCUCUCGUCCUCUGGCCGUCAGUGUGAGGAGGACAAGUCCCUACGUUAGCUUGUUAGCUGGUUAGCUACAUGGCCAGAUAGCACAAUAAAGCUAGCUGUCGUUAGCCCCGGGCUGCAGUUCACCACCAGGACCCGGACCCGGACCAGGACCAGGACCAGGACCAGGACCAGGACCAGGACCCGGCGAAGGGAAGAGCCGAGGAGGGGAAUGGCAAGAGUCUGCUCGGAUAGCCCUUUCACAAGAAACAACUAGUAGCCUGACUCUAAGCUGGUCUAACCGGACUCUUGUUUGAAUCCCGUUGCUGACAGAUCCUGAAGCAUGACGGUUGUUGGUGUUACUGCAAUCCCCACCAUGGUGCAGAAGUACCAGUCACCUGUGCGGGUGUACAAGCAUCCCUUUGAGCUGGUGAUGGCGGCCUAUGAGCGCCGGUUCCCCACCUGUCACCUUAUCCCCAUGUUUGUGGCGAGUGACGUGGUGGAAGAGGAGACCAACGAGGACGGUUCCACCAACAGGGUUGAGCGCCGAUGUGCCCUGGAUGUUGACGCCCCACGCCUGCUCAAAAGGAUUGCAGGUGUGGACUAUGUCUACUUCAUCCAGAAAAAUACGCUGAACCGAAAGGAGAGGACACUUCACAUCGAGUCCCAUAAUGAGACCUUCUCCAACAGGGUCAUCAUCCAUGAGACCUGCUGCUAUUCGGUUCACCCUGAGAAUGAGGACUGGACAUGUUUUGAGCAGACCGCCAGCCUGGACAUCAAGUCCUUCUUCGGCUUUGAGAGCACUGUGGAAAAGAUCGCUAUGAAGCAGUAUGCUAGCAGUAUCAAAAAGGGAAAAGAAAUCAUCGAGUUUUUCCUGAAGGAGCUACAGGAUGAAGGGAUCACCCACGUGCCGCGCUGGACUCCCUCCUCCCUCCCCGUGCCUCUCCCCAGACCAACCAGCCUCUUCACCAGCCCACCUGUCCUGCCCAAACUGCCGGUCACGCCUGCCAUUUCUAUCCCGCUGCCCACUGACGCCAAGGACUGCACCUCUCAGGACGCCAAGCAGGACAGCAGCGCGCUUCAGGCAGACAGCCUAACAGAGAUCCUGACUGGUACACCUGAAGAUAAGUUGGAUGCAGACUACAUCAAACGUUACCUAGGCGACCUGACCCCCCUGCAGGAGAGCUGUCUUAUCAGACUUCGCAAAUGGCUACAAGAGACGCACAAGGGAAAGAUCCCUAAGGACGAGCACAUACUGCGUUUCUUGCGUGCCAGAGACUUUAACAUGGACAAGGCGCGGGAGAUCCUUUGCCAGUCGCUGACCUGGAGGAAGCAGCACCAGGUGGACUACCUGCUGGAGACCUGGAGCUCACCACAGGUCCUCCAAGACUACUACACCGGGGGCUGGCACCACCAUGACAGAGAUGGUCGUCCUUUGUACGUCCUGAGGUUGGGCCAGAUGGACACCAAAGGACUGGUCCGCGCUCUCGGAGAGGAGUCUCUGCUCAGACACGUGCUGUCUAUUAACGAGGAGGGUCUGAGACGCUGUGAGGAGAACACCAAGGUGUUUGGUCGACCUAUCAGCUGUUGGACGUGUCUGGUUGAUCUGGAGGGGCUGAACAUGCGUCACCUGUGGCGCCCGGGAGUCAAGGCGCUGCUGAGGAUCAUCGAGGUCGUGGAGGCUAACUACCCAGAGACUCUGGGACGGCUGCUCAUCUUGAGAGCUCCCAGGGUUUUCCCUGUUCUUUGGACACUGGUGAGUCCAUUCAUUGAUGAAAACACCCGCAAGAAGUUCCUCAUAUAUGCUGGCAAUGACUACCAGGGUCCUGGAGGCCUGGUGGACUACAUAGACAAGGAGAUCAUCCCUGACUUCUUGGCAGGAGAGUGUAUGUGUGAGGUACCAGAGGGUGGCCUGGUUCCCAAGUCCAUGUACCGCACAGCCGAGGAGCUCGAGAACGAAGAUGUCCGCCUGUGGACCGAGACAAUCUACCAAAGCGCCAGCAUCUUCAAGGGAGCUCCACACGAGCUUCUGAUCGAGAUCAUCGAUGCCUCCUCAGUCAUCACCUGGGACUUUGACAUGUGCAAAGGUGACGUGGUUUUCAACAUCUACCACUCCAAGCGCGCCCCCCAGCCUCUACGUAAAGACCCCAUAGGAGCCCACGGCAUCACCUCCCCAGUAGGCAACAACGUCCAGCUCAUCGACAAGUCCUGGACGCUGGGGCAAGAUUACAGCAUGGUGGAGUCCCCGCUCACCUGCAAGGAGGGCGAGAGUGUGCAGGGCUCCCAUAUUACGCGGUGGCCAGGUUUCUACAUCCUCCAGUGGAAGUUCCACAAUAUGCCGGCCUGCUCGGCCACCAACCUGCCCCGAGUGGACGAUGUGCUGGCCACCCUGCAGGUCUCCUCGCAUAAAUGCAAAGUCAUGUACUACACUGAGGUGUUGGGCUCUGAGGACUUCAGAACGGCUUGCUGCGAUGUGCAGAGUUUGGGUUCCAUGACCAGCCUGGAGUCGAGCCACAGCGGCUUCUCUCAGCUCAGCGCCGCCACCACCUCCUCCAGCCAAUCGCAGUCCAGCUCCAUGAUCUCCAGGUAGAAACUGGACGCUGAGGACUUCAAUCCCCUCAUCCAAACUGUGUGUACAAUUUAAAGGGCUGAUUUUGCACAAAGGUGAUAUAUUUUUUGUGCCUGGCAUCUCUGCUAGGCAGCAGUUUGAAUCAGAACAUUAGCAGAAUGUUUGUUUGCGUGGAAAAGGUUAAAAGGUCGGGAGAUGAAUCGCGGUGCCUUUGUGGCACCAGAAGCUGAAAGAAGCAAUAUCCUCAUCCUCAGAGCUACGGGACCGGAUGAAGACACUGGAGGCGCUGUUACAUAUAUGCAUUUACAUCUACACCCACAUGGACAGUGCUGAGACGACACAGACCUCAUUCAUGUGCGCUCUCUGAAAAACUGGAUGCGCUGUUACAUACAUACACACACACAUGAACACACACACGGGCGUUUGAUGACAUGCAAAAAUUGAGUGUUUGCCAUAUUACCAGAGGGGUUUGUUCAAUCUGGUGAAUUGUUUAUAGGUCAAGUGUGGGCGGGCGGGGUGAACUCUGAAAUGGACCCGGGUCAAAGAUCACCUGCAAAUAAUUAGUGUUUGGAUGGUCAUGGAGCUACGGAGUGGGUGGAGCUUACUGAAUCACAACAACGCAGACGGUGUUCGCAAAGCUGCCAGUUGGCGGAAAAAAAAGGCUCAAUCCCAACGUCCACACUCGCAGACUCACAGACUUUGAGGCGCAAUACCGCAGAGUCCGUGAAGGUUUAGGGCCGUUCCACUGUCAGAGCGUCAACUCUUUGAGGACUCUCUUGCAGACAUUUUGAGCCCUUUAAUAGCGUUGUGACGUUAAACACAGGGUUAGAGGCAGCCAAAAAAACAAUUAACAAUUAACAUGAAUACCGCACAUGGGUGUUCAGCCUGGCAUUUUUAAAUUUAAACAGAAACAUUAAAGCAGCAGUGGGUAGGAUUGGAGCAAAUAUGAUUUAAAAAAAGUAAUUUUAUAAAAUGGUUAUUAUAUCCUGACAGUAGUGCAUGAAACAGGUAAUCUG